AUAUACACGCAAACCAAAUCCGGUGAACGUUGAAUGCUCAUUCGCCGCUGCCCAUCCGAUGUUCACAAUGUUGAACAUCAGAUGUUCAAAGCGUUACAAAAUUCACCAACACUACCACAAUCUGAAUCAUACGAUAAAGCUUUUUGUCUUAGUGUGCGUCAUUUUUGCACAUCGUACUGUCAAAAGAAGAAAUUCUUCUUCCUACUUUUUAAAAUAGCCAGCCGCCUGCUCUUCUUUUUGAACCAGUUUGACGUUUCUCUUUCUUCGCGUUGUCCGUUUUUUUCGCGCGUCUGUCGUAGUCGGUUUUUACGGAGUUCCGCGGGUGUUGGCCAACAGCGGUUCCGAUUGCCCGGUUGUAUGGUUCGUUAGUAAGUCGCCAAGUUGUGAAAUUUAAAGUGCUUGAAAUAUGCAGCAACAAAACGAAUUUGAAAAUCACCAGCUCGGAGUGAAGGUUUCCGAUAGCACCGUGGGAUGCGCUUUUAACCGUAGGUUGCGAAACAAGGGCGGCCACCUCACGUUACGUACCACGUACCGGAAAAGCGCGUUAUGCUGUCGCACAUAGCCGUCCGGAAGCACCAGAACCGGCUGAAACAUCCGGUCAUUGAUGUGGACAUAUUCCUGAAGGUUUCUGCCUCGAAGAACAACAAAUCCCAAAUACAUAUCGCACCGAGCGGACCCGUUCCACCUGGCAUGGACCGGUUCAAGGAGGGCCUGGUGGUGGGUAUCGAGUACGUGAUAAAGCUGAAGGCACCGGAUCGGCGCGAGCCGAGCCACCACUGCGUGCUGUGCGACAAGAAGGGCGACCCGCACACGAUUGCGGUGGCCAUUACAAGCUACAUCCACCGGAGCAUGUUUUUGGUAAGAAGAAAAGCUUUUUUUCGAUUCUCCGAAUCACUUGGUCUUUAUCCCCGCAGUAAAAGUACUACCUUAGACGUGAUCGCGCGCUCCAUUCAAACGGUGGAAGAAGCGCUCGAGUAUCGCCACGACCGGAUGACGCCAGAAGUUCACGAGUGA